AUGUCAUCAUACCAAUCUUCAUUCUUACAAUUAGCUCUUGAUUCUCAAGCUUUAAAAUUUGGUAAAUUCACUCUUAAAUCUGGACGUGAAUCACCAUAUUUCUUCAACUUGGGAUUAUUCAAUACUGGUAAAUUAUUAUCUAAUUUAGCUACUGCUUAUGCUGAAGCAAUUAUUGCUAGUGGUAUUAAAUUUGAUAUUUUAUUUGGUCCGGCUUAUAAAGGUAUUCCAUUAGCCGCCAUUACUGUUUCUAAAUUGGCUGAAUUGGAUCCUGAAAAUUAUGGAAAUGUUGGAUAUUCAUUCAAUAGAAAAGAAAAGAAAGAUCAUGGUGAAGGUGGAUCAAUUGUUGGAUGUGCUUUAAAAGAUAAGAAAAUUUUAAUUAUUGAUGAUGUCAUGACUGCUGGUACUGCAAUUAAUGAAGCCUUUGAAAUCAUUGGUAAUGAAAAAGGUGAAGUUGUUGGUGUUAUUAUUGCUUUAGAUAGACAAGAAACUACCGGUAAAGAUGGUGAUAAAUCUGCUACUCAAGCCGUUUCUGAAAGAUACAACAUUCCUGUUUUAUCUAUUGUCAGUUUAGGUGAAGUUGUCAGUAUUUUGAAAGAUCAAAUCAGUGAAACUGAUCUUAAAUCUAUUGAAGAAUACAGAAGUAAAUAUGGUGCUUAA